AUGGACCGAGCGUCAACGUCCGUGCUGCGCAACCCGAGCCUCCUAUGCGAGAUCGCAGCGUACCAGACCGGUCUGCGAUGGGCGGUAGCCCGCCACUUGCGCGCGGCAAGGCCGCGGCCCACGAGCACCGUCCAGGAGCAGCUCUGCCUCCGUAGCAGCCGCGACCCCCACUACGCGUUCCACCAGCUCAUCGCGGACGGCCACCUCGUCGGCGUCCGCGACCUCCUUCCGUACUAUGAUAGCGACCGCGCCAUGGACGUUGCGGCGAUCUGGGGCCAGCUGCCCGUGCUCAUGUACUUGCAUCUGCGCGGCCACGCCGGCUGCACGUCGCGGACGAUGGACUAUGCAGCGGCCUAUGGCCACGUCGCCUGCCUCGCAUUUCUCCAUGCCCACCGAGGCGAAGGCUGCUCCCAGCAGGCGCUGACGUACGCGGCAGCCGGCGGGCACGUCGAGUGCGUCGAGUUCCUCUUGGCGCAUCCACCGACACCGCGCUGGGCCUACCUGCACCAGGCCGAGGCCAUGGCCAGACGCAACCAGCACUGGCGCGUCGUCGCCAUUCUGCAGCGGCUCUCGCCCGCGCCGCCCACCAAGAAGCACUGGUAUCAAGUGCUGCUCUCGAGUCCCUCGUAA